AUGCUGCCUUCCAAGAGUUAUCAAAUCAAGAUCAUCACCCACGUCCCGCCCAACCCGCCCACGCUCAACCCCUCACUCAUCACUCUCCUCGACACCCACUCAUCGCCGUCCUUCCCGCUCCGCCCGCCGCACCGGUCACUCUCCUUCACACCACACAGCAGUUCCCGGCCGGAGCAUCGACCAGCGAGAACCAUGAAGCAGGCGGCUCACAUCAUCAAGGCCGUCCUCGCCGUCUGCAUCGGACCUCUGCUUCUGGCUCCCACUGUCUCCGCUAGGACCUCCUCAGCCUUCGCCGACGCCGAGAACUCGUUCUACGACUACAGCGGCGACGAAUUUGAACGAGUCAAGAAUUUCGACUUCAACCAGUGUGACUACAACACGUGGAUGUGCUGCUGGGACGGCCGGAAUGGACUAGCUGUAAAAGACAACACGGAUGUCUGUAGCUACAGAGGCGAAGAGUUCCCAGGGGAUUCCGAAGGGCCGGUGCACUGCCACGGGUUUGUGUGGCCUGAGAACGCGAGCGACGACUUCAUCAAAUAUUUGGCGCUAGACGUCGCUUUCAUCAACCACGUGGACGAGAAGGCCUACACCGGAAACAUUCCGGGGGCUCCAGUGUGCCACUGCUUGGAAGAGAUGCCAGAGGUAUCUCGGGCCGAUUGCACCCAGUACAGGAAAGCUAAUCUGGCCGGAAGCGACUUCAUGGCGUGCUCGAAAAACGAUCUCAGGCGCGCGUACAAGGAGUUGUACCCGACUGGUCGCGGCCGAGACCUACUUGUCAAAAAGUGUGACAACCGUUACGGUAUGUAG